UCAGUUUGAUGAAGUUAAUUGGCUUUUUAUUGCCUUACAUUUGGAAACCAGAUAAGUUGAAAUUUUUUUGGAGAAUGACCGAACAAGCCGAAAACUUGACAAACAAAAACAAUACCUCGGUUACGAAAGAAAAAAGCUUCGAUCUUGAAGCGUCUGUAAAGGCAGGCCGGCUGCUGUUCAACAAACUUGGACAGCCACAAAGAGUUGUGGCUCCAAUGGUGGAUGGCUCCGAGUUAGGUUGGAGACUGAUUUCUAGAAGAUACGGUGCCCAGCUAUGUUAUUCACCGAUGUUACAUUCACGCCUGUUUAGCCAAGAUAAGAAGUUUAGGGAUCAAUAUUUGUGUGAAAUGGAUGGUGAUCCAGAGCUCGAUAGACCCCUUAUCAUCCAGUUUUGUGCCAAUGACCCAGACAUUUUAUUGGAAGCAGCAAAACAUGUAGUUGGAAAAUGUGAUGCGGUUGAUAUCAAUUUUGGCUGUCCACAAGGAAUAGCCAAAAAAGGUCACUAUGGAUCAUUUUUAAUGGAGGAAUGGGACUUAGUCUACAGCUUGAUCAAUAAAUUAGCCACUGAGCUAGGAGAUCAACUUCCUGUGACAGCAAAAAUUAGAGUGUUUGAUGAUUGGUCAAAGUCUUUAGAUUAUGCCAAACUUUGUCUUAAUGCUGGAGCAAAGUUUUUGACUAUUCAUGGAAGAACUAGAGAAAUGAAAGGACAAAAAACUGGAUUGGCCAAUUGGAAAUUGGUAAAGUACUUGAGGGAAAAUUUACCUGAGGGAACCGUGUUUAUCUCAAAUGGUAAUAUCCUUUACCCGGAUGACAUUGAAAGAUGUAUAAAAGAUAUUGGUUGUGAUGCGGUAAUGAGCGCAGAGGCAAAUCUUUCUAACCCCGGAGUUUUCUGGACGAAAUCAAACGACAAAGAGAAGCUCUUUCCUAGAGUUGAUAAAUUUAUGAGAGAGUACUAUGAUAUUGUGAAGUCUUGUAAAGGCACUGAAUCUAAAAGGUGUAUGAAAACACAUAUGUUUAAAGCCUUGAAAACCUUCCUACCAUAUCACACGGAUGUACGAGCUGAAAUUGCUAAACUCACCAAAAAUUCAUCAUUUGAAGAGAUUGAGAAAGUGAUCGUCAUGAUGGAGAAUAUCGUGGAAGAGAUAUUCAAGAAGGAAAACAUCGAAGAAUUAGACGAAAUCAAGGUAGGCGAAACACAGGAAUGGGGUGGAAGAUAUAGAGAAGUACCAUACUGGAGGUUGCAACCCUUCUUUAGAAAGGUGGAUGGUAUUGAAGGGAAGGAAUUGGUGAAAGGUGCUUUAGAGGAAAUCGCUGAGAAAACAAAACAGCAGAAAGCUUUACUCGAAGGCAAGAAAAGAAAAUUACAAGAAAACGAAGAAGAUCACCAGUCAAAACUGCAAAAAGUUUCAAUUUAAUAACCUUGGAUUCUUUUUAGGAUAAUAGAUAUUUGUAUGCUCAGCUUUUGUUCUUAAAACGAGGCUCUACGCCCUUUUCGUAAAAUCAACUUCUUAUACAUCGAUCUUGGUGUAGCCGUUAAACACCCAAACUUUUUGACCUCAAAC